AUGGAACCUUCGGCGCUAGAUUGGUCAAAGCAGUUCUUCACGUCGCGGGGAUGGGCAUACCUUGAUGUCAACUACGGCGGAUCCACUGGCUUCGGUCGCGCAUACCGAGAAAGUCUUCACGGUAAAUGGGGCAUCCUGGACAUCCAGGAUGCCUAUCAUAGCGUGCUCCAGCUAGAUGAGAUGGGUUUGUUGGACAAGAGCCGUGCGGUUGUUCACGGUGGCUCCGCCGGUGGCUACUCCGUCCUUCAAAUUGCUACUACUCUUCCGACCGAGUUCGCCGCCGGAGCCCCUCAGUAUGGCAUCUCGGACAUGAGGAAGCUCGACGAGAUAUUGCACAAGUUAGAGUACUACUUGUGUGAUCGUCUGAUGGGCGGAACGUACGAAGAGAUCACUGAAGUCUGGCAUGAACGUUCGCCGAUUUAUCACGUCGACAAAAUCAAGAUGCCUCUCUUGGUCCUUCAGGGUGCGAAAGACACCGUAGUCCCUGCCGAACAGAUGAUCAACAUGGUUAAGACCAUCCAAGGUGCGGGAGGGAAAGCGGAACUUGUGUUGUUCCCCGACGAAGGCCACGGAUGGAGGCAGGCAAAAUCAAUCCAGACCACUCUUGAACGAGAGCUUUCGUUCUUCAGCGAGGUUCUUGGUCUCGAAAAUGGCGCUUGA